AUUAUGCGAUACACGCCAGCAGUCUGCCACUCUAUUCUCUGACAUUCUAGAGUAAUAUUAUAUGAAUAAGAAGAUUUUAACCGAAAUCAAGCAAAGUCUAUCAUUAAUUUUUGGUACAAAUUUUAAGAUUCUCUUCAUACUAUGCUUUCCGAAAAUACGGAAGCGUUGAUAACGUCUUCCCACGUCAACUCUACAGAAGGCGCGGAUACAUUAUUCACACAAGGUAUAUUAAUACAAAAUGGCCGCCUAUAGCGUUAUUUCGGCGCAUGCGCGAAACCUAGGAGUCAUCAAACAUGAGGAUAAUCUAUCACUGGAAACCAGCCCAUCGCCUACUCAAUAUCGCGAAUUGCCUGUUAUGAACGAUUUGCAUAAUUUUCCAAAUACAACUAACGACGACGAUCUUAGUGGAUACUUAAAUUUUAAAGAUCAGAAAGAUGAUAUUUCUAAUUUUUUGAUCCCUUCAAAUACUGAUAAUGGUAUCGAGACCCAAAUGAGUAUAACUGAAAGAUCCGGUAACAUGACAUUGAGCGAAGGUACCGAAGAAGCAAAUGGGAACAUACUUUGUUUUUCUGACGAGGAUUUUCGUGACGGUGUUCCCCGCAAAGCUAGAAAACAUUCACUUACUGAGAGUCCAUCUUCUUAUUCGUCUCCAACCUCUACUGCACUUAGUGACGAUUUUUACUGCGCAAGUUCGUCCAGUCAGUAUACCUUUACCCAAUUCGGUUCGAACGUCCAAGGAGCCUCCAAAUUCUUCACCAGUCCCACUUUAGUAAAAGACUCCAUAAGCGGUCCACAAUCGUCAUCUUUUGUAAGUGAACCUGAGCAGACCAAAACGAAAAUAAAGCAAUUGCAUUUAAACCAACCGAAUAUACCGCAUUCACAGGACGGUUGCAGUUUAGUAAUUCUUAGUCAACCCGAAAAACAACAUAGAGCACGUUAUCAGACGGAAGGUAGUAGGGGCGCUAUAAAAGAUAGAGAGGGCAACGGUUAUCCGAAAGUCAAAUUAAACGGUUAUACCGGUGGCGAUAAUCUCACUCUUCAAAUUUUUAUCGGUGUGGAUAGCGGAAAGGUCAAGCCGCAUGGUUUUUAUCAGGCAUGUCCCGUAUCGGGAAAAAACCAAGAACAUUGUGAAGAAAGAAACGUUGACGGUAAUUCCGUCAUUGAGAUGCCUCUAGAGGCGUCUAAUAAUUAUGAAGCUUUGGUUGAUUGUGUUGGAAUUUUAAAGUUAAGAAACGCAGACGUUGAGAAGAAAGUAGAUAAUAAGGCUAAAAGGAAAUCAACCAAAGCUAGACUAGUAUUCCGAGUGUCUUUUCAGUCAGCAGACGGCACUCAUUCUAUAACUCUGCAACAGACCUCAGAUGUAAUAUCUUGCACUCAACCUGCUGGUCAGCCUGAAGUGUGCAAGAAGAGUAUAUCAUCUUUACCGGUGGCUGGUAUUGGGGAACAAGGACACAGAGACAUGUUUAUUAUCGGAAAAAAUUUCGCAAAAGGUACUGUUGUUAAGUUUUUCUCUGGCGAUUGGUGUCAACAAGGAAAGAUCGAUUCUGAGUGUUUUCACCAGCACCACAUGGUCGUAACCGUUCCUGAAUAUGGUGAUCCAGAAAUAAAAGAACCUACAACGGUAACGAUGCAAAUUCAAAGUGGCGCAAGACACAGCGAACCGAUUCAAUUCACUUUCUUGCCCAGUAAGUCGUUUGUAUUUGAUUUGUAG